UUUCAAUGUUUUUAUCCAAGAAAAAGCUGUUGAAGUAGCCGAAAGACUAAAGAAAAACCGCACCUUGGUUAGUCCGGAAAAAGCUAGUCUAGAGGAAUUACGCCAAGAAUGUUCCGAGUUGCAAAAAGAACGUCAAGAUGCGGAAAAUUUAAAACAAGAAGCGGCUAAUUUAGGAAAAAUAUUGCACACCAAAAGAACUGAAAUCCUCGAGUUAGUUAGAAAACUAAAUAAGUUAGAAAAUGACAUGACUAAUCUCGAACAACAAUUAAGGGAGAAGCAAGAAAAAGCUCGCGAAGAAAGAGAAAGUGUGAGGAAUGAACUGACAAAGAAAAUCACCGACCUUGAAAAAUUACGAAUCGAAGAUCAAGGAAAAUUUGAUCUUUUAGAGCUAGAAAGAGAUGCCGAAAUCAGAAGCAAACAAACCCAACUCAACGAAAAAGACGGAAUAAUCAAAAACAGAGAAAAAAAUUUGGAGCAAAAUACAGAAACAAGUGCAGAUAAUCACAGAUUAACUACCGAGUUACGCGAAAAAACUGAAGAACUUCGUAAUGCUAUUAGGCAAAAAAGAAUAGUGGCGUUAAGAGUGGAUUUAAUGCCGGUCAAGCCUGACUCAUUGCUUCCGAUAUACCCAAUGCUACUUACGAAAUUAUUGUUGGAAAUCAAUAAGCUUCAAGAAUUACGAGAAGAACUCAAAGAAGUUCGGGGGAAGCUUUUGCAAGCUCAGCUAGCUGCCCGAAAGUACAUAGAGAAAUGUCCUCACCGCAAUCCCCAAGGCCAAUGCCCGCAAUGCAAUCUGGCCCAAAGUUUUGGUUACCCAUCCACUUCUCAAGAAAAAAACCACUCCGAAAUCUUAUCGAAGGUUAGAAAAAUUUUAGUUGUAGAUCCUAGUUCCCAAGCAGAAAAUAGCACAAUUGUGGAGCAACCGGUUAACGAAGAUGCAGUUCCUUUCAAGAUUAUUCAGGAAGAAAAACCAGAUUGA